CAAAAGUGGCGCUUUAUCCGCCCCGCUCAAGAUAGGAGGAAACCCUCCUUCUCUGUCACACAUUCACACUGGACAGGAGGAGAAUGUUAGCAGCAGCAUCCAAAAGGAGAAUGACUGAGACCCACAAAAUGAUAGCUUUCGCUUUGCUUUUCAUCGCCACACUCCUUCACGGUGGCGUAGUUGCAGAAUAUGAGGUUGUUACUGGGCCCACACGGCCAGUGAAUGAUGCUGGAGUCAUUCGUGGGGAUGACAUUGAUCCUACACAACUGUCAGAUGAAGAAGCAGAUACACCCUUUGUCCAGAUCAUUAUAUUCCCCAGUAUUCCUGGACUGGACCUCUCAGACAUUUUAGAUGACACCACAGCGGCUCCAAUCACCAAGGUGGUAGAGGAGACCACAGACAUGAGGGAGGCCACAGGGAAGGCUGGUGAAGCAGCAACCACAGACGACGACCAGGAGACCCAGGCUCCCCAGCAGAUUCUGACCUUCCAGUCAAGUGACAUGGUGCUCAUUCCAGAGGCUGGUGUGAUGUGUGUUGAUAAAGAAGCGGUCCAGGACAGAGAUGCAGUGAGUCUGAAACUAAAGGCCUCGUCCAGCUGUGAAGAGACCAGGUCUAAAAUUGAAAGUGUUCUGGAGCACCUGUGUGGGGUCGACUGUAAACUGGAGGUCUUUCAGGAGGACAACUCUAAUGAAAUCCUGAUCUUUGGCCAAUACAUAGAAGCUGAUGCUAAAGGAAUGGCAGAGAAGUUCAACAAUGACAAUAUAAAAGACAAGAUUGAUUUUGAGGAAGCUGUUCCUCGCUGGGGGAAGAACUCCAAGCUAGUGCUGGUCUCCCUGCUGCUCACUGGACUGCUCCUGGCUAUUCUUCUCAUCGCAGGCUACUACCUGAAAACCCACCGCCCACCACCCAAGGGAGCGAGACUGGCCGAAGAGGGUUUCCAGGUGGAUGAGGAGAACCAGGCCAAUACCCUGGUGUCUGUGGCCCCUCUGCAACCACAGGAGCCCCUGGACAAGCCCCCCACCAACGGCCACUCCGCCACCCAGACCCCCGUUGCCGACACCGAAAUGUGAACAAGCUCUGAAGGACACCCCCACCGCCCCAUUCCUCCAUCACCACAUUCCCAAUAUCUCUCCCCCUUAGAGUUACCUGGGGAUACUGCACUCUGACACAGACACAGAUUCAACAUCCAACCCCACCUGAUCCAACCCUCCACCCCCAGGAUGAUGACAAUGAGGAAACUGAUGACGACGAUGCCUGUAAUGUGAAGAAGAGAUUGUGAUCACUGGCCUCUAUUAGGUUUCAGUAGCAUCAGAGAAGGAGCCUAAACUCAGUUUGGGGGACUGGACAGCUGGGACACAGACUGCAGUCCAGAAACAAUAAUCACAGCAAAGAAAGGGCAACAGAUCACCAAAAUUGACUGUUUGUGUUGCUAUUUCCAAAUUCAAGUAUAAAUCAAGGUAUAUGCUAUAUCUUAAACACUUGCAGAUCUGAAAUGUACUCAUUUGAACUAAAGGAUCAUUGUAGUUUAAAGUAUUGAUUGCUUGGUUCAUUUGUUUGUAUGAUCUUAUGUGAUUGUUUUUUGACUCGCCUGUUCGAGGUAAGACGUCAAAUUUGGGUAACAGAAGUGGAGAAAGAGUGAUUCAAUUAAUGGAGAUAAUUUGAACCAUUUGAAGAGGUUGAAUAGGCAGCUUUAAAAUAAGUCUCAAUAUGACUGGCUAGUGCAGAGCUCAGAGUUGAAUCCUGUUGCCUUUAGUCCAGGCCUGUCAUAAAUUGUGUGAGGGGCUGCCGUAUGUUUGUUUCAGAAUUAUGUACAGUAGGCUUAGUGUGUCACUAUUUAUCAAGACAACUUUUCUAUUGUACAGUUUUUUAAACAUGUUUUUUUCUGUUCUGACUUACCACUGUGUCUUUGAGAAUGCUGAACCAGGUAGACUCAUUUUAUCAUUCAGGAAAACAGACAGACAAGUUUCGUGUGGCGAAUUUGAUCAAUAAUAUUAGUCUCUAUGGUGCACUGCCGCUAGAUUUGGACAAAACCCCUAACAUAUUCAACAUUUCAAAGACACUAUGUCCUCAAUAAAUCAGUCCAUCAUGAAACAUACAUACAUGGAUGAAAGUAAAGCUGUAUUUUAGCUAUUGUUUUUUAAGGACUGAUUGUUUUCAUACAAUAUUGCAUGUGUACAUAUGCCCUUUUUCUCAGUUUGUAAUAUCUGUGUCCCACAUAAAUUCUGAUUGUGUCAAUGUU